UCCGUAUAAUUUGCGUAUUUCGGUUUGAGAUUUGAGGGAUGGGGUCAUGGGGGCGAAUUUGAUAACAAUAAGAUACAGUAAAAAAAAAUGUUCGCUUUAUGAUAUGUUCUGGGUUUUCAUGUAAGAUUGUUAAAGGUGUUUUUUUUUUUUUUUACUUUUUGAACUUUCUGGAACUUUGGAAAUUUUUUUUACUCUGCAUCUGAGUUGUGAAUGCUGCUGUAGAAAGUUGCCUUUCUUUUUUUUUUUUUUUUUUCUUUUUUGCCUUUCUAAGCUUCAUAUAUGUUGUUGGAUAUUGUAACUGCAACUCCUAGAAAUUUCUAGGAACUUUCUAAAUUUGUGAAUUUGUGAUAUGAUGCUUAAUCUGAUAUUUGACUUUGCUACUGUGUUGUACAUUCUUGUGGUUGACAUUCUUUGACUUUUAAGCCUACGAUUUUGGGAAUGUUUAUUCUUACUUUUUGGAUCGGAACAUCAAUUGUGAUCUAAUAUGGUGGUUUGAUGUGUAAUAUUCAGGGUGGAUGUGGUUCCUGCUGGUCCUUUAGUACCACUGGAGCCAUGGAAGGUGCACACUUUAUCGCGACAGGGAAACUUGAGAGCCUUAGUGAACAACAGCUUCUGGAUUGUGAUCGUGAGUGUGAUCCAGAGGGGGAACCAGAUGACUGUGACCUUGGUUGCCAAGGUGGGUUGAUGAACAAUGCCUUCGAAUAUCUCUUAAAAGCUGGUGGCUUGAUGCGAGAGGAGAACUAUCCAUACACUGCUAGAAAUGGUCACUGCAAAUUUGACAAGAGCAAGAUAGCAGCUAAGGUAGCAAAUUUCAGCGUUGUCCCAGUUGAUGAAGGCCAGAUUGCUGCAAACCUUGUGAAAAAUGGACCUCUUGCUGUGGGCAUCAAUGCUCGUUAUAUGUCAAGUUACAGAGGUGGAGUUUCGUGCCCAUUGACAUGCUCUGCUGAUUUAGAGCACGGAGUGCUAUUGGUUGGUUUUGGUUCUUCUGGUUAUUCUGAUAUGCGUAAGGAAGAGAAGCCAUACUGGAUCAUUAAGAACUCGUGGGGUGAAUACUGGGGAGAGAAUGGGUAUUACAGAUUAUGUAGGGGCUAUGAUCUUUGUGGUGUCAACACUUUGGUCUCAACUGUUGCCGCAGCUCCUGCUACCUCUCAGUAAGUCAGUAGGGUGUGAUGAAUGCAGUAACCAUAUACCCAUGCUACCAGCAUACAUUACUGUACAUUUAAUGUAAAGGAGUAAGCCUGAAACAAGAAACUCUGUAUUCAAGGCUUCCUCUCUUCCAUCUUUACGAUGUUGGAAGUCUUUGGAGGGGAAGGAUGUCACAUAGAAAGGGUAUAAAAAUGUAAAACAGUAUAUCUCCGGUAUGUACUUUUAUUACAGGAUCUGUACUGUCACUAUAUCAGUACAUCUCCGGUUAGACUAUCGCUCCAAAUUGUUGGUUGCUUAUAUUUUAAAGUUUUUGGAAAUCAA